AGGGUUCGUCACACGGCGCGCCCUUGGCCAAUGAGGGCACCCGUUUUUGUGGCCCUUGGCACCGGAAAGCAAGGUCGGCCAUGGAACGUGCCGAAGCAGAGAUGGAGGUGGAUGAGGGCGAAUGCAAGAGCGCCAUCAACCAGUGGUCCCAGGUGAAACCGUUUGGCGGUUGCCAACCUCCAAAGCAACGAUCCCUGCACGCCAGCAUCGUGGUGGGGGAUUGCCUUUACAUCUUUGGUGGGUAUGAUGGCAGCAGCCGUGUGAAUGACUUCUACAAGUUCAGCUUUAAGGCCUCCAAAUGGUCGCAGAUCCACACGACAGGUCAGCCCACCGCUCGUGAUCGACAUGUGGUCGUGUCCUACACGGACAAGAUCUAUAUUUUCGCCGGAUACGACGGGAACAACCGCGUCAACGAUUUCUGGCAAUAUGACACCGAACAUGAGUCCUGGCAGAUGGUGGAUGCCGCUCUUGGGAACCCACCCACUCCACGGCACAGCCAUUCGGGCGUCGAGUACGAUGGAUCCAUGUAUAUCUUCGCCGGAUACGAUGGGAACUACAGGAGCGAUUUUCAUCGCUACAACUUCCCGCAGCGGAAGUGGUCCAUCGUGCCGGUGAAGGGUUCCGUGCCCAAGGCGCGCUACAGGACCUCCGCGGUGGCGUACAAGAAUCGCAUGCUGGUGGUGGGUGGCCAUGAUGGUGCCAAGCACCUGAACGACUUCUACCAGUUCAACUUCGACUCCCUCGAGUGGAGUUUGGUAGAGACCACCGGCCAAGUGCCGCCGCCUUCCCCAAGAGACUCCCACUCAGCGGUCAUUUGUGGGGAUUCCAUGUACCUCUUCGGCGGCAGCACCGGCAGCGCGCGGAACGACCUGUACGCCUUUAGCUUUGAAACAGAGCAGUGGCUGGAGGUGCGUCCCACACCCGGCGCGUCGCAGAAGGCGAACGUGCCUUGCCCACGAUUCUGCCACACGUGUGAUGUGUACAACAAUUCUCUCUACGUCUUCGGCGGCUAUGACGGCCAGCAGCGUCUGAAUGACUUCUGGCAGUUCAAGCUGGCCACGGAGGUGAACAUCGACAUCCCAAGCAGCUCCUUAGUCUCGGACCUGAGGGAUUUCCUCAACGACGCCAAGCUGUCGGAUGUCACCUUCAUCGUCGAAGGAAAAGCCGUUUAUGCGCACAAGCUGCUUUGCAUGCGGUGCUCCUACUUCCGCGCCAUGUUUGACGGACAGAUGCGCGAGGCCCAACAGAAGACGAUUACCAUCAACAACGUCUCUCAUCGUGUCUUCCUGGCCUUGUUGGAGUACCUCUACACCGACGAAUUCGAAAUUUCCAUGGACAUCGCAAUGGACCUCUUUGUGGCGGCGGACCAAUUCGGGAUCGAACGCCUCAAGAGGUUAUGCGAGAAGAAGAUCCUAGUUUCAAUCAACAUUGACAGCGCUGCCACAAUCCUCCAGGCUGCCAACAUGCACAUUGCGAAUGACCUACGGCAGAGCUGCAUGGAUUUCAUCCUUCGGAACUUUGAUGCCGUCUCCAAGACACCAGCCUUCGAGGAGAUGGGCCGUUCCAACGUGGAGCUGGUCUUCGAAAUCUUGAAACGACGAUAGGCCACUUCCAUGACGGCGACGCGAGAGCCGCCGCCGGAAGAGGGGGGGUGUGGUGCUUGGCAGGUGAGCAGAAAUCCCUGGCGGCCUCAUCGAC